GGGAGCGCGUCCUGUGGCAGGGGGUUCCGCAGACCGGAGCCUGCCCUGGGCGCUGCUCUGCGUUGCUGGGAUGCCCUCGCUGUAUGGCGCACUGGCUGUUCUCCACCACCCUGAUAAGGGGGUGCGUGGAAGAGCCAUGCCCAAAGAGCGCCUGUUCCUUGAGGACGCUUCUGCAGUUUCGCUGCCCCAGCCCAGGAAGGAAAUUUAUAUCGAGGCUCCCUGAUGAAGGUAAAAAGGUCUCCGCUUCUGCAGAGAAACUGAAGGUUGCAAUAGCACAAGAGGAAGAGCUAAGAAGAAGAGCAGAGCUUUUGUCUGCGGUGAGGCUCCAGUUCCAGAAAAAGCCAGAGGAGCUUGAGGCCAGCCAAUGUGGAACUGCUGCCAGUGAGGACAUCUUGGUCGGCGAUGAUCCGCCUCUGAUUCCUGACACUGCUGCCUCUCAUGCAAACAAGGAGCUUGGAUCAGCUGUGCAAAAUAAGCCAAGUGUUGGGGCCACAAAAACAAGGGCAAAAAAUAAACCAGAACCAGCCAAGCAAUCCCACAGGGACUCCUAUCCUCUCCAAGAGCAGAACAAUGUUUCAGAAGUACUGCCCACCUCCAGGCUUCCGCACCAUGUUCUGGGCUUUGCUGACAAUGCAGCCGGACCUACGGACAGAAGCACCAAGGCACUAGUGGAGGCCCUGGAAAGGCUUUCGAUUGCGGAGCAGGAGCACAAAGAAGAAUCCACUGGGAAGGGGCUGAAUGCUGAGUGCAGAGAGAACCCUUUUCAAAGUCUUCAGCACCAGACUCCAAAGUCAGCACACUACAUUGAAGUGUUGGAAUGGAGAGCUAAGAAUCCAGUGGAGAAAAAGAGCAUGUUUAAAACCAACAGAACUCUAGCUGAAUCAUCUGGAUCAUCCAACAGCUCCUCCAAAGCGCCUUCCCCAAGAGGUCCCCUCUCUUCCCUUUCUGCUGAAGAAAGACGCCGCAGAGAGAAGCAGCAGCUGGAUGAUGUCACGGCUGCCCGGCUGCCCCCCCUGCACCAUGCACCUGUGCAGCUCCUCCCCAUGGAGGCAUCCAUCACCCUUCAGGUCCAGCAGAAAGCAGCUUACGAGGAAAUGCAAGCUAAACUUGCAGCCCAGAAGCUAGCUCAAAAGCUUGGCAUUCAGAUGGUGAGCUAUGAGCCAGAGGGGGAGGCGGCAGUCAGCUACCAAGAAGUGAAGGACGAAGAUGGUUACAGUUCCUCUGAAGAUUGAGUCCAAACCCAGAUAUGUUGCUUUCUACAGCAUCAGUACUCACCUGGCCUUACAGCCAGAGGUGGCCAAGGGCUCAGACAGAGGGCUGCUGAGGUUUGUGUGGCCUUUCACUGUUCUCUAUUGUUCAGUAAAAGUGUUGGGGACUUGGAGUUCUCAGAAGCAGCCUCUCUUAACCUGCCAGGCUGCGACAUGCUCCUCGGCCACUGUGUCCUGUCUCUAUGAGAGCAACUGUGGAGCGGGGGCCACUGCUGUACAAUAUUUUCUACUGACAGAUUCUGACACAGCGUUUCUAUAUUUUCUACUGUAUUUCCAUGUGUGAUCCCUGGAAUAAAAGCCUACCUUGCAGAGGAAUUGCUCCACUUUCUUCCAGGUGAGCAGGGGCCUGCCAACUUCUGGGUGUUGCAGAGAAUUGUCUGGCUGACCGAUGUGCUGGCAUCAGCCUAACUAGGACAAGGUCGUGGAAACAUUGGAGAAGGCUGAUGUGGCCAGAGACAGCCCAUGGCCCUCUGCCACUGGCUCAAGGGAUUUCAAGGAGAGUAUCACGGGAAAAGAGUGGAAAAAGCAAUAAACCAUGAAAAGCUAACUAUAAAUACAUUGCAUGUCCCAAAUUAUAAAACAAUUGUAUAGCAAAAUUCUUUAUAGCAAAAUUCAUUUUAUAAAGUGCAUAAUUAACAAUUUUUAAAGUGCUCUAAUUUCUAAAGUGCAAAAUAUUGGUAUCCAGAACAAGAAUAAUCUUCUACUUAAAAUCUCACCGCAAACUGGAAAUGUCUCACACUUAAAAGUUACAUACAGUCAUAGAAUGGCAACUUGGCUGAGAAAUUUGUUUAAACAUGACACUGUAUCCAACUCAUAGAUAUAAAUACAACAUGUCCAGUUCUUUUUUAAUUGCAAAGAUGAAUAUA